AUGGACAGCUCCGGCAAUGGGCCCCAGCCUGACCCGUUCGGGGAGCUCGCUGAUCACAGGGAGAGGCCGGGGCUGCCUCCGGUCCGAGGGUCUUCCGUGCAGUUCCGGAUGGCCCCUGCAGGGGACCCUCACGUGCCCCCUUCUCUGCUGGGCUUCUGGCUGCAUUUCCUUCUGAGUCUUAAUGCUGGAAUCUCCCAAGCAAACCUCGCGGGGCUGUACCAGCGGUUCCAGGCCCUGGACAGGGAUGAGAAGGGCUUUCUCAGGGGAUCAGCCACCCCACCCAGCUUUGUGCCAAAGAGUGGGCUAGCCGUUUCGUGGAACAUCUCACCGAAACGAGACAAAGAGGACCUCCAGGGGCUCGGGGAGCUUGCAGUAAACCCCAUCGGAGACCGGAUCAUCGAUGCUUUCUUCCCGGAUGGGAGAGAGACCACCGACUUCCGAACGUUUGCCCGCGUGCUGGCCCACUUCCGGCCGGUGGAGGGUCCGGUCAGCUCAAACAGCAUAAACAGCCGGCUUAGCAAGCUGAAGUUCGCUUUUCAGUUAUACGAUCAAGACAAGGACGGCAAGAUUUCGCGAGGCGAGAUGCUCCAGCUGCUGAGGAUGAUGCUCGGGCUCCAGGUGACGGACGAGCAACUGGAAUGCAUCACGGACCGAACCAUCCAGGAGGCCGACAGAGACGGAGACGGCGCCAUCUCCUUCGAGGAGUUUGCGAAGUCUGUGGAAAAGUUGAACAUUGAACAAAAGAUGAGCCUCCGGAUUCUCAAAUGAUCGGUUGAGGACCAGAGAAUCCACCACCUCCGAUCAGAGAUGAACAAACCUGCGGGCUUUGCCAGCUGCAAAGUGAAUGGCUCUGGGUAGAUCUCACCGCUGUUCCCGAGACAUCGAAGGGACCGGCUUCAAGAAGGCUUCUCUUUAGCCAGGAUUUCUGCCUGAUGAGGAUCCUGCCUGGGUUUGCUGACCGGCUACUGUCUCCAGUUACCUCUGCCCUGUCCAGAGGCUGCUUCAUGGCUGUAUUUCAGCCAGAAAUGGGCCUGUGAUUUGAUCAUUUUUUUGCACAAUGGCCAGCUUCCCAUUUUGUGUACUAAAAUGCUGAGCAAGCUAGAAUUUUUUAACGGAGGCCAAGAGCACAAAGAGUCUCUCUUCCCCAUUUUAUAUAUGCAGAGGCAGGAUAUCAGAACUCCGGCCGUGAAGAGAGGACUUGGGUGUGAAAAGUCUUAGGAAUACAGUGGGGGUACACCGCGGCUGCUUCUUUGGGGAAGCCCAUGUCCCCCUGGAGGGAGGGAGGGAGGGAGGGAGGGCGCUGAUGCGUUUGCGGGCCCCAGAGGCUAGCCGUCCUCGCUUCUCAACUGGCUUGCACCACUUGGCCUUUCAAAAGAGACGCGGGCAGCGAAAUGCAAUGGUGCCCCAACCCAGCGUCGAAGGAAAGGGCCUCGUCUAGGGCCGAUUCAUGGCAGUGCGCCUCCAAAGUGACAUUAAAAAAGAACACAGGUUUGAA